GCUUUUCACUCGUGCUCUUGUACCAUUCACGGCAGCGUUGCACUAAAACAAGGACAGCGGCAGCGACGACAGGAAAACUGAAAGAGCACACUGGCUGCUACGCUUGCUCAAAACCGACACCCAACACCCGUCGGACCAUCUCCUCAAACGAAACGACUGCGUCGACCCUUCCUUCCCCCCGACAACCUCCCCCGGCACAAUGGUCACGAUCAUCCCCUCCGCGCCGAUAAAGGACGUCAUCCUCCUCGUCUGGGUACAUGGCUUCAAAGGCACCGACGUGACGUUUGAGGCGUUCCCCGAGCGCGUGAAGCAUGUGCUCGAGCAGACGCACCCCGGCCUCGCGGUCCACUCUGAGGUCUUCCCCGUGUACGAGACGCGCGGCGAGCUGAGCGCGGCCACUGAAGCCUUCACCGAGUGGCUCACGAUCAAGGUUGUCGAGCUGGAGAAUAACGGCGGACAUGGUGGCGGAGCUGGCAGUGCCAAAGUUGCGCUGCUGGGUCACUCCAUGGGAGGCCUCCUCAUUGCCGACGCCACCGCCCGCAUCGAGGCCAGCACGCGCAACGGCUCGCCGAUGUGGCCGAACGUUGUGGCCACUAUUGCGUUCGAUACUCCUUACCUCGGCCUCCACCCUCACGUGUUCAAGCACCAGAUGUCCAACGCGGCCAACCAGAUCGGGGCCGCGACCAGUGCCGUGUCCAAACUCGACUUUGCGGCGCUUGGCGCUGGGGCCCUCAGCCUUGGCGGUCUCGCGUGGACAAACAAGAAGCCCGAGGACACGAGACAAAAGUCGGCGACGACGCAAAAGUCAGCAUCACCCUCGCCCGCUGGAACACCCAAGCCCGCCGCCACAUCCUCGUGGUUCAGCAACAAUAAGGCCCUGGUAGGGAUUGGCGCUCUGGCAGCGCUUGGCGUGGCGGCGGCUGGAACAGCGUACAUGCGGCGUGACGAUCUGGCUGGGGGUUGGAAGUGGGGUUACGACCACAUGACAUUUGUCAAGAACUUGUUUGACGAAGAGGGCAUGAAGGCACGACUGAAGCGGAUCGACGAGCUGCGAGAGACGCGGAAUGUAGUGUUUGCCAACCACUUUACUCUUAUUCCACCAAAGGGCUUUGAAGGCAAGCGCACGUUUGCGAUCGUGCCGUCGUCUUCUGGCGCGACAGCGGAUGCGUGGAUUCCGGCAAGCAACAGCCGGGCGUCGGAUGAGGUCGAGGCGCACACCGGCAUGUUUAACCCUCGCACCAACGACGGGUUCUACGAUCUGGGGUUGGCGGUUGUGCGUGACCUUGGCCUGCGGCUUCAGGAGACUCUGUCGCGAGAGCCGGGGGCGGCGGAACGCGAGACAUCGGCCACCGCAUCGGCCACCACCCCACUAUCAUCACCAUCAUCAACAGCCGCGCCAGAGACUGCAGCCUGGGCUGCACCCGAGGCGUCUGCGUGGGCCGAGGUCGCCACCAAGGUGGACGGACGAUGGCAGCCGCCUAGUGGUGCUCCUAGUGCUGUUUCAAAGCCAAACAACAACAAGCAGGUUGAUGAAGACGUGGAUCUGCUGCUGUAGAUAGAUUGAAUAGAGUUGAAUUGUGUAGCUAUACAAAGAGAUAACUGAAUAGCCGAUACGCCAAAGUGCGCCUGGUUGCGCAGGUUACGCGGG